AUGACCCAUAACACCAACGCUCCUGCCUACAACAACAACGUCUCUGCCGACAAGCCCUCGACCGUCGAGCAAAUCAAGGAGAAGGCUUCUGCCGUCCUCGGCAAGAUCACCGGCAAGCACCACACCGACGAUACCCAUGCCCAUGAUCAUCAUCACGACAACAAGGCUCAUCCCCUUCAUGACAACAACGCCGUCCAUACCACCGGCGCUCACACCACCGGUACCCACACCGGCCCCGUUGGUGCCCAGACCGGCGCAGUCCCUACCGCCACCCAUUCAACCGGAGCUGGCAUCACCUCUGGCGGUAACAAUGCCCCACCCACCGCUGCCUACGGUACCCACGACAUUCACGAUACUCACGUCCCCCAUGGCACCCACGGCACUCAAGUCCCCUACGGCUCUCAGGUUCCCCGCGGCACCGGUGUUACCGGCGCCGCUGGUACUCAGCCCCUGAACAACCAGAACAACCAGAACAACCACCCCACUGGUCACGUCAACGACGGCACCCACGGCACUCAAGUUCCCUACGGCUCUCAGGUUCCCCACGGCACCGGUCUUAUCGGCACCGCUGGUACUCAGCCCCUGAACAACCAAAACAACCAGAGCAACCACCCCACUGGUCACGUCAACGACGGCACCCACGGCACUCAAGUUCCCUACGGCUCUCAGGUUCCCCACGGCACCGGUCUUAUCGGCACCGCUGGUACUCAGCCCCUGAACAACCAAAACAACCAGAGCAACCACCCCGCUGGUCACGUCAACGACGGCACCACUACUGGACGUAUCCAAAACAACCACCGCGCCUUGGACUCCACUACCGCCGUCACUGCCGAUACCAGGAACGAAAUCGCUCAAGUCGCCAACGCCGCCUACCGCCACCCCGAGAAGGUCGACCAAGCCGUCGACGCCGCAACCACAAACUUGGUCGGACGCCAGUCCAACAGUCAGACUGCUAACGCUGAAGCCGCAAAUGUCAUUACCAACAACCCCAACAAGGCUGAAACCUUUGUCAAGGAUGUCACCUCGCGUUUGGUCGGACAGUCCAAUGAUCCCAGCAACUUGGAGGCUACCCAUAUCAAGCCUACCAUGUAA